AUGAUAUUUAACGACUUUGUAAUGAAUGGUUAUCAACAAGUGAUCCUGAGCAUGUCUGCUGGCUAUGUUGCACAUGUUUAUAAACGUGAAGAAAUAGUUAAAGCCGCAGACAAUAAUGCUCAAGAAUUAGAAAAAGAUCUGAUUGAUAGUGACAGCAAUAUUGGUGGCAACACAUUAAACGAUGAUGAUGAUGAAACUGAUGAUUGA